CAAGGAUUUAAACCUCCCAUGUGUGUGUGAGUGUGUGUGUUUGUGUGUUAAUGUGUGUGUCUGUGUGUGUGUGAAUGUGUGUGAGUGUAGAGGGUUUACUACUCUGUUUCCACAGCGAUGAGUUUGAUGGGGUGUUGGUCGAUCUAGGCCACAUAACCGAAGGCAACGGAUUAUCAGUUGACAGGAAGAGGACACCGCCAUGGCUAAAGUAGCUCCAUCAGCCCCGUCCCCCACUUCUAGGUUAACCCCGCCCAUUAACCAUCUACAAGACAUGGAGGAGGAGCCCGGUGGCGUCAGGGAGAACAACAGAGCUGCUCAAGGAGCCGGACCAGGAGUUCUAUUCAACGUCAACAACAGCAACAACAAUGAAGAGGAAGACGAGAAGAAGAAAAGGAAGAAAACAAAGAAAGAGAGGAAGGAGAAGAAGGAGAAGGAGAGGACGGAGAAGAAAGAGAGGAAGGAGAAGAAAAGGAAAGACAAGGAGGAGAAGGAAAAAGAGAAAGAGAAAGAGAUAGAGAAAGAGAAAGAGAAGGAAAAGGAGAAGAAGGCCAAAGAGGAGGCUCCCAAAGAGAUCUCAGUGAUUGACCCGGCGAGUAACACCUACUACUACUGGCUGUUUGUCAUCACCAUCCCUGUCAUGUACAACUGGACCCUGAUCAUAGCCAGGGCGUGUUUUGAGGAGCUGCAGACAGACUACUUGUACUUCUGGUUCUUCCUGGACUUCAUCGCUGACCUCACCUACUUCGCAGACAUGAUCUUCAGAACCAGAACCGGUUACCUGGAGCAGGGUCUACUGGUGAAGGAAGAGCAGAAGCUCCGUGAUCGCUACAAGAACAGUUUCCAGUUCAGACUGGACCUGGUCUCCAUGAUUCCCACCGAUGUUCUGUUCGCCGUCUUUGGCCUCGCCUACCCCGAGAUCCGCCUUAAUAAACUCUUGAGGUUCAACAGGAUGCUGGAGUUCUUCCAGAGGACAGAGACCAGGACCAACUACCCCAAUGCGCUUCGAAUAUCCAACCUUGUCAUGUACAUCGUCAUCAUCAUCCACUGGAAUGCCUGCCUAUACUACUCCUUCUCCAAGGCCAUCGGUUUCGGUGCUGACAGGUUCGUUUAUCCCGACCCAAAAGAUCCUGAGUUCGGUCGUCUGGUGAGGAAAUACGCCUACAGUAUGUACUGGUCCACGCUGACGCUCACCACCAUUGGAGAAACGCCGCCCCCAGUGGAGAACUCAGAGUACUUCUUUGUCGUUACUGACUUCCUGGUGGGUGUGUUGAUUUUUGCCACCAUUGUCGGUAACGUCGGCUCGAUGAUCACCAACAUGAACGCGGCCAGAGCCAAUUUUCAGUCUCGCAUUGACGCAAUAAAACAGUACAUGAGCUUCCGAAAGGUAACGAAGGACCUGGAGAAGCGAGUGAUCAAGUGGUUUGACUUCCUGUGGACCAACAAGAAGGCAGUGGAUGAAAGGGAGGUGCUGAAGUACCUGCCUGACAAGCUGAGAGCAGAGAUCGCCAUCAACGUCCACCUGGACACCCUGAAGAAGGUUCGUAUCUUUGCGGACUGCGAGGCCGGCCUGUUGGUGGAGCUGGUGCUGAAGCUGCAGCCUCAGGUCUACAGUCCAGGAGAUUACAUCUGUAAGAAGGGCGACAUCGGCCGAGAGAUGUACAUCAUCAAGGAGGGAAAACUCGCUGUUGUGGCCGACGACGGAAUCAAACAGUUUGUCGUUCUGAGUGAUGGAAGCUACUUUGGCGAGAUCAGCAUCCUGGCUAUCAAAGGAAGUAAGGCAGGAAACAGGAGGACAGCAAACAUCAAGAGCAUCGGUUACUCCGACCUCUUCUGUCUUUCCAAAGACGACCUGAUGGAGGCACUGAAGGAGUAUCCGGAUGCCAAGGCUCUGCUGGAGGAGAAAGGAAGGCAGAUUCUGAUGAAGGACGGACUGUUGGACUUGGAGGUGGCGGCGCAGGGCCCUGACCCCAAAGAGAUUGAGGAGAAGGUGGAGAGGAUGACGAGCACGCUGGACAUCCUGCAGACGCGUUAUGCCCGACUGCUUGCAGACCAUGAAGCUACUCACAGCAAACUCAAACACAGAGUCACCCGGCUGGAGAGGAAGCUGCCGCCGCCAUGAGCCGACCAACCAGGUGAUGCUCCGCCCCCUCCAACAACUGAGUAGAGCGGACAAGAAGAGGAGGCAAAGGACCGGGAUGUUUGAUUUUAGAGACUGGCUCGGCCAGGAGGGUGGAGAGAAGGAGACUUAAAAACGAAAGGUUCCAUAGAACUAAAUUCAGUUUGUUCAAAGUAAAAACGUAAACAUAAAAAAUUUAAUAACAGCAAUAUUAAUACGAUCAAAAUUACAUUUUAUCCACAAGUUGAGGAAAAGAAAACAAACUGUGUCUCUGACUCAUGUGUGAACUUUGUGAAGAUGUCAUGUUUACUCCGGAAACAAACUGUGGAUCGGUCGAGUGACAGCGGACAACCGAGCUCUAGAAUACAUGAGAGAAAGAGAGAGAGAAUACAAAUAUAUUAAUAAGCUGCUUUGUAGUGAACAUUUAAAUUACCAUGCGUUACGUUUUAAAUAAGAAGCAGGAAAUAUUUUUAUAGUUUUAAUUUUAUAGCAGCAUGAGUCUGUCUAACUUUUAAAUUUUAGAUAAAAUCAUGUAAAUAUAAUGAUGUGUUAUAAACAACACAUCCUCGUGUCAAGCAUAUGUAGAUCAGCUGCCUUAUAGCCAGUAGAGGUCAAAGGUCAGCAGAGGAGCUUGUCCAUCCAGUUUGUUUUUCUUCACUACGAAUGAUGCAUGUUGUUGAGAUAUGAAAUAUGAAUCAGAUUUAUGUCAAUGCGCUGAAAUAAAGAGAUUUUUUAAA